GGACAGAAAUGGGAACCAACCAUAACUGUAAGCGUCCCCGCCACAAUGACAAUAGGAGCCGAAUGACGAAGAGGAUGAUAAAGCGGCAAUAGCGUUAGUCCUCCCCGUUUGUUUUUUUGGUUUUCAACCGCCUUUGCUUUCCCUCUCGUGUCUGGUUUUAUUCUUUGUUCGAGACAAAAAGGUUCUUCUUCAAAACCCUAGUUUCAAAAUUCUAUAUUCCCUAUUUUUUUUUAUUCGCUGAAGGGGUUUUAUUUCGAAGCAAAAAGCAAUCUUUCGUGGGAGAGACGGAAGGAGAAAUCAGGUCACGUCUUCUUCGUAUCCUGAGCUUCAACGAGCUGAUGGUUUCUGGUGCCCUAGAGGGCCUGGUUAAGUAAAUGAAUGGGUGCGUGAACCAGUCACAAUGGCAUUGAUAACCUACCAGAUGCAGAGUUCUUAUGCCACCUUUCCAUCGAGGUCUUUAUCAUGGACCAGAUGCAUGAAAUUGAAACCUGUAGCUCUUCGGUUGGUUGGGAAAUUGGAUAGAAGUGCAGCAUCAAAGCACAGCCUUUGUUUAAGCAUAGGUGCUCAUUGUAUGCUUGAACCGAGUAAAAGAAAUUUCAGGGUCAGAGCCUUCAAAAGCAGUGCCCAGGAUGAUGAAUCAGGUGGAUGUAAAUUCCCCAAGAACAAUGUUAAACUCUCCUAUGCACCACAUGAUGGUGAAGAAACAGUGACAGAACCAGCAGGCAUAGAGAAGAUAUAUAAUUCAGAAGAUGGUGAAGAUUCACUAGCGGGAUCUAUAGCCAUACAUGAGCUAUUCAAUAAAUGGCUGAUGAUGUUGCGCACACAAUCAUUGAAUCAAGCACCAAAUGGGAUUUUUGAGGGACCGCCACAAAGUGAUAUCUCAAAAUGUCACAAUGGGACCCAGAAACAGGAAGCGAUUAAAAUUUUCAAGGCAGCAUUGUGUUACUUUAUGGGACUUCAUGCAACAAUUAAGGUCCCUCUUGUGAUAUUCAUCCCUUGGUACCUGUCAGUUAAUGUGGUUUAUGGGCCUAAAGUCUCGAAGGAAUUAACCCCUCUUUGGGUAUUUGGGCCACUGAUCGUGGCUCUCUACAUCAAGAUGCUCCGAGGACUCUGUGCAUUAUAUAUUUUCAGCUUCAAGCAGACCGUGCAAGUCUUGAAGAACUUACCAACCUACUACAACUAUGUGGCCCGGGGCAAGCUCAAGGAAGAUCUGCUAGCGUAUUUCUGGCAACCUGUGGUUGACAUUAAAAACAUGGACCACAAAGAACUGUUUAGGAAGAAGCUGAAAGAGUUAGAAGCGUGGUUGGUGGAGAAGUACUUGGAUUUCGUGGAGUCAAUAUGGCCGUAUUAUUGCAGAACAAUCAGGUUUCUAAAACGGUCUCAUCUCAUUUAAUUUCAGAGAUUGUUGUGUGUCUUGAUUGAGGAAAGCGGGAGGAAUGGUUUUACCUUACAGCCUUUCAACGAGGUAUUGUUAAUGGAACGGUUCUGAAUGUGUCCAUUAAUCAAUGACGGGGCAUUUUUGAAUUAUUUAUUUAAUUUCAUUUAUGUUUGACAGGAAGCAAUCGUGGCUUAGAAAAUCAAUGCAUCAUCUUUUGCUAUUUUACAUUUGUUCUUUCGGCUCCGGUUUGGGAAGAGUACGCUUAUGGAGUUGUACACCGAUUGAUUUAAAUUUUUGGACCGUUGUAAAUCUGAAGUGCCAAUAUAUCAAUGUAAAUAGUUUUUAUUGAA